AUGGGCAAACGAAAUAUUGAAUCUAUUCGUCAAAAGAAUAUGCAAGAUAAUCAACGUUUCCUUAAACAACUUCAAAUAAAUAAUAUUCGCCAUGAUUUUCUCAAAUCUGCUCGUUCAAUUGUACAGAAAAGUGAAGAAAAGAAGAAACACAACAUUCAAUAUGAAAAAGUGGAACGUGUUACACGAUAUAGUCUGAAAGUGAAGUCCGGCGAAAUUCAAGAACAUGUGCCUCAAUGGCAACAGAAUCUCAAACAAGGAAAAGGUCAACCUUCGAAAUGGACCCUCAUGUAUCGCAAUAAUCCAAAUCCAUAUAAACGCAUUUAUAAGCCACGUGUUCGAAAUUAA